GACGAAACUCCGAUCCGUGAUCAGUCGAGACCGGAUCGAGUCGCGACUGGCAGUUUCGAUCGAGAAACGUAGCCGCAAGCUAGCCUAGAUGGCGAAGGACAGAAUGUUGCUAAGAACGUGUUUGGUGCUUUUGUGCAUAGUGAGUGUUUCGCGAGCUCAACAUACGAUCCGCCUCGCAUGUGCCGCGCCCGGCAGUGGCAGCUGUACGCUGAGUGUCGUUGCAACAGGAUCACCCCAAGAUCGAGCAGCUACUUCAAGCAUAAAACCGGGCGAACCAGCAAUCGUGCUACCGGCGAAGGUGCAAACGCUUGACCUGUCCAAUCGACGCUUGAAGCAACUGCCAGUGAAUGCUUUCCAUCAACUGCUCCCCCUGGAGCAGCUCCUGCUCCAAGGUAACGAACUGCAACAGUUCGAUGGAGCUACGGUAGCCCCAACAUCCUCGCUUAAGCUACUGAAUAUCUCCACUAACGGUGCGCUAUCGGAGGUGCGCUGGGAACCGCUGGGUGACCUGCGUUCCCUCGAAACCGUGGACUUAACAGGCAACCGACUGGAGCGCCUUUUCGUCACUCGAACGAUGAAAGUGCUUCGAGCGCCGGCAAACCGUGCCACAACGAUCGAAACCGAUCCCAACAACUUCCUGUUCGCACUGGAACGUGCCGAACUGGCCGGGAAUGCGUUCCGCGAUCUGGCCGGUUUGGGUCGGUUCGCGCGACUUACGCAUCUCGAUCUCUCCAACAAUCGCCUCGAGACGGUUGAUUUCGGAACGUUCCGACAUAUGCGUUCGUUGACGGAGUUGUUGCUGCGCUCGAAUCGAUUGUUCACGGUCGAGACCGGUCCGGGGCCAUCGAUCGAUCAUCCGUUGCUCGAUGUGGUCGAUCUAACCGGGAACUAUCUUACGGCGCUGCCUUCGGCGAACGUCACGGGCAUUGCAUCCGUCCAGCGGCUUCAUAUUGAGGGUAAUGGACUAGUGCAGGUGGAGUUACAUGAACAGCUACUGAACUGGCCACGUCUCAAAUCGAUCACUCUGGCCCGCAAUGAUUGGUCGUGUGAGGUGGCCGAGCGUCUACUCGCGGCACUCGCCAAACGACCAACGAUUGCCAUCGCUGGUGAUGCCGCAGAACCUGCCAAAUGUCCCCAACCGGAACAGGUACGACGAGGAAAGCUAUGUUGUCGUGUGGCCAGGGAGCAAUACCUGGUGGAUCGGUUGAUCCACACGAGAAAGGAGCUGUAUUUGGGCAAACUGGACGCAUUCGAGGAAGUAGGACCGACGGCAGGACCGGGAGUGACGCCGCUUCCGUCCAACCGGACACACUGAAGGAGGCGAUGCGCCAAGCGCUGUUCAUUAUCAGCAAGCAGCGUCAGGAGAAGAAGGAACUGGAGGCCACCAAUCAGCAGUUGACGCGUACGCUCGAACAGGAGCGUACCAAGAACCGGCAGAACCUCGAGGAAGCGGCCAACGGCAAGACCAGCGCCACCACCGACCAGCGCGGUGAGCUGCAGACGGCCCUGGAGAGAGCUCAGGCAGAGGUCAAAAGUUUGAAGGCCCAGUUGGCCCGCUGUACCUCGAGCGUUCACUCGCGCACUGGCCAGACCGUGAUCGUACAGUAGUAGCACUGCGAUCGUACCCCGCGAAGAUAAAUAAAUGGCGUCUGUGUGAUCUCGAAUUCGAUGAAUCCGUCGUCCGGUAUCGCGUUUUUAAAGCUGAAUAAAGGGAAUAGUCGGAUUUAAAUCUAAUUGGGCUGUUUGAUCCAGUUAA